UUGUGAAGUUUGCUUCCAUUAAGUGCUCCUUGACACAAUAAGUCACCAUAAAUUUCUAUUAAGCCACUAAAAAUCCUAAAUUUUAAUAAAUAUAUUUCCCGAAGAUCACAAACUCUGUCAUCAACAUGUGUCUCGCCAAUCAAAUUCGUUCCGAUGAGGAAAAGGAGAUAACCCCUCCGGAAAUCGUGGAGCAAACCCCAGCGAUGCUCGAAGACCUGUUUGAGGACUACGACGAAAUGAUGCAAGCAAUGCUGGAACGAGUUGUACGGAUUUAUACAACGUAUCGCAGAUGCUUGCAGCGGAUUAAGAAAACACUGAGGAAUUGCACAAAUUUUAAUAAUCUGACAAAUGAAGAAAAACAAGAGUUGGCGCAGAGGAUUAACAACGCUUCGGAUAAAAUGUAUCGGGCACGAGAUGUUAUCCUUCAGAUGGUCAACCCAUCCGAACUAGCAGAUUUGGAUGCCCAAAUUGAUCAAGAAGUCCAGCAGGAAGCGAACAGCCGGUCACUAAUUGCACAAUUAUGAUAAGCUACGAAGUACUUAAAUGUGUUCAAAAGUCUGUUCUAUUUUAUGAAAUUAUACAUAUAAUUAAAAUGUUGUUAAGCUAUAAAUAAUAAGAAUAAUUAAAUAAAUUCGUAUUUUCUGUUAAAACUCCAGUGAUUAUUUACUAGA